AUGGAGCCAUCAAAAGUUAAAGAACGUUAUCAAGCAUUGAAACAUCAAGGACCAACACGAUCUUUAGCACGCUGUGAUUCGACUGAUCUCAUUCCACAAAUUAUUCCACAAAAUCAUAUCAAUGUGCAUAGUAAUAUAUGUUCAAAAGCACCAGAAGAUCUAUUCGAUAAUCGUAGUACAUAUUUUAAUGGUAUUGAUGAUGAUGAUGAUUCGCAACAACCAGUAUCAGCACGAGUUUCUUCAGCAACUAUCACCAGACAAUUAUCUAGUACAAGUUUAAAUCAAUCGAGAAUGUCAUUAACAGAGAAUGGUCCACUUCGUAUUCGAUUUCGUCCUGUUGAUUUAUCCACUAUUUUACCAAUGAAAGAGAAUAAAACGAGAACUUAUGUUAAUGUAACAAAUUCAAAACAGAAAGAUUAUUUUAAUUUAUUAUCUGAUGAAUUAAUUUUAUCAAUUUUGAAAUACCUUCCUCGUGCAUCAUUAGCUGCUAUGGCUCAAAUUUGUCGUCGAUUACGUUCUUUAACUUAUGAUCCAAGUUUAUGGUGUCGAAUAGAUAUGUCUCGAAAACAUAUCGAAACUUGUUAUUUACGUGAUGUUCUUUUACGUGGUACAAUUAUUCUUAAAAUGUAUCAAACAACUGUUCAUGGAAAUUCUAUUUAUUCACCAAAUCGAAAUACAUGGUUUACAAAACUUCAAUUUCUUGAUUUAACUCUUGGGACAAUUUCAACUGAUUGCUUACUGAGUUUAAUAAGUGCUUGUCGAUCACUUCGUAAAAUUAGUCUAGAAACAUUAAUAUUGAAUUCAUUGAUAUUUGAAAAAUUAGCAUUAAAUCCACAGUUGGAUACAUUAAAUUUAACUAUGUGUAGCGGAAUGGAUCUUGAUUGUUGCUCAAUAUUAACGGGACAAAUGAGACAUUUACGAUAUUUAAAUAUGGGUUGGACACAAUUAAGUGAACAAUGUUUACAUUAUAUAUGUCGAACAAUUCAAGCAAGUAUUGAACAUUUAACAAUAACUGGUUUUCGACAAGCAAUGACUGAUGAAUGCGUUGAAAAUUUAACACGUCGUGCUGUUCGUCUACGUGUUCUUGAUUUAAGUGAUUCAAGUUUAAUUACUGAUAAAUCAGUAACGAGUGUUCUACGUAAUUGUCUUCAUUUAGAACAUAUUGCAUUUUCACGUUGUUAUGCAAUUGCACCUAUUACCUAUGCAUCAUUAAAACAAUUACGGCAUCUUAAUUCUUUGGAUAUAUUUGGUGUUGUUGAUCAACGCGGUUUAGAAAAAUUAAAUUCUUUACUUGGUUCAUCGAUUAGUUUAAAUCAACAACGUUUUUCUUAUGUUGCUCGACCUACUUAUGGUGUCCGUCGAACAGCAAUUUGGGGUCUACGAACACGUCCUUAA